AUGUGUUUGUCUAGAAUUGGUCAAAUUGCUUAUGGGGGAUUUGCCCUCGCUUCUGUUGGCCUAAUUCUUGGUUCAAUCUUUACACCUGCAUGGCGACAAGUUGCAUCCAAUUUGCAGCAAGGCCAGCUUGGCCAAUUGCCCCCAUUAAAUAUGGGACUGUUUGCAUUUGCUUGUCAACGCUCUAAUGAUAACACACAGAAUGUGUAUAAUGGCAAUCUUCAAUCGGGUACAAUAAAUCAAGGCUAUAAUACAGCAAAUCAAGGUUUUAACACAGCAAAUCAACAAGGAUAUGGAACAACAAAUAAUAAUUAUAAUACUAAUUAUGGUAAUCAACAACCUAUACAACAAGUUAAUUCUGGUUCAACAGCCAUAACUGUUAGCACACAGAGUGGAACUCGUUAUUUGGAUUUGUGUAUUGAAAUGUGGAAUUUUUGUUAA